AUGUCCUACUUCCGCAUCACCCUCCACCGCUCCGCCAUCGGCCUCCCCAAGCGCACCCGCGGCGUGCUGGCCGCCCUCGGCCUGCACCGCCGCUCGCAGGUGGUCUUCCACCCGGUCGAGGCACAGUUUGCGGGGAUGAUCAUGAAGGUGAAGGAGCUGGUGAAAGUCGAGGAGGUGGACCGGGCCUUGUCGAAGCGCGAGCUGCAGGACUCGCGGAAGCCGCCCGCGGGCUUCUACGUGGAGCGGGCGGUGGACAGGAUCAGGACGGGUCCGUCGUCGUCGCCUUUGUUGAAGGCGGCCUUGGAGGCGCAGCAGCCGCAGCAGCAGAGCCAGACUCAAGCGGAGGAGGUUAGGUUAUGA